AUAACCCUAAACAACUCAAGCAGACGGUCUAUCUCCUCCCCUGUUGGCUCCUCCAUCUUCUAAACCUAAAAAACAAACAGCCGACGAUUCAGCAGGUUAGUUUAAUAAUUAAUUAAUUAGCAGGUGGCUGAAGGAUAGGAUAGGAUGGUUGAAACCUUGUUUGAAGACAUAUUUAGGGUUGAUCAGCUUGAUCCAGAUGGCAAGAAGUUUGACAAAGUUAAUCGCAUUGAAGCAAGGAGCGAUCAGUUAGAUAUGUACAUGCAGCUGGAUGUGAAUACAGAGGUUUAUCCUAUGCAUGUCGGUGAUAAGUUUAUGAUGGUUUUAGCAUCUACCUUAAAUUUGGAUGGAACUCCCGACAGUGGCUUUUUUACUCCGGGUGGCAGAAAGUCUCUCGCUGACAAAUUUGAGUAUGUGAUGCACGGCAAAUUGUACAGGAUAUCUGAGGAAGGGUCCGGAGCCAAUGUUAAAGCGGACAUUUAUGUUUCAUUCGGCGGUUUAUUAAUGUUGUUGAGGGGCGAUCCCUCAAUUGCAGCUAAAUUUGAGCUUGAUCAGAGGUUAUUCAUCCUUAUGAGGAAGGUGGAUAAGGCCUAGUUCAACAUGUCUUAAUCUAUGUGUUCUGGAGCAGGCUCCUGCUAAGUUAAUAGUUAUGACUAGUGAGAAUUAAUGAAUAUCAAUCAGAUGUAAAAUAUUUUGACAAGUAUAAGUUGCUCAUAAAUUAUGUGUACCUUUGGGCUUAUGAUUGAUUACUCCUAAUAGUAUGCAUUGGUGACAAUUUCCAUUUU